CGCACGUCGCCAUUUUAAACGGGCGGGCGGGUAAGGUGUGGCGCACGAGUGGCACCAAGCUCCGCCCACCGCCCGUUGCCGCGCGGAGAUCGGGCUUCUGUCAGGCGCAGCGCGUAACCUCUGCUGUGGCCGUAGGUUCCACUGUGAGUCCCCCAGGUGAGGUGCCGCCCGCCAACUCUUCCAGGUGAGAGACUCAGGCGAGAUGCUUCCCCACCCAGAUACAGUACCCCAGGUGAGAUGCUCACGCACUCCCCAAGGUGAAACUCUCCUGCAGCAAUAUCUGUAAGUCUUGACUUACUGGGGUGGUGACAUUGUUUUCAAACUGUGAAAUAUCUGCAAGAAUGUUCAGAAAUGAGUAUCAGGGUGGCCCAUUUGUUGAAAUAUUCAGUGCUCAAGGCAAGAAUCCAGGAGCAAAAUGGAAGAUCUUUGGCAGUCCAUCAGCAAUUUGGAAAGAAUUUGAUAAAGAAGUAAAAGGCUUUGUUUUUGUUCUUGAAGGAAGCAGUCAAACAAACAAGAUUCAGCUACCAAAGGAAACUAGACAAACUCUUGGACUGAUCCAGCGGUUUCUGGUACUUCAGAUUUAUGUGCCUUUGGGACAAGACUUCUCUACUGAAUUGCUGGUAACUGAUUUAGGAAACAUUAAAAGAAGAUUGUAUUUAUCAACGGUCCAUAAGGAGUUAUCUAUAACCCCUCUGCAUGCAAAACUUCCUCUUUUUAUGAUCAAACGCAGAAUAUGGUGUAAUUUGUGCAUUGACUUGGUAGCAUUCACCAGUGAAAUAUUCAGUGGAGCUGUUUUCCAGUCUUUGGAUGGAAUUAUCAUCUCAGCUAACUGUAAACUGAGAAAGAUCUUCACUUUGAAAUCAAAGCCUCAAGAUACAGCUGAGGAAGAUGAUAUAUUUGGUCUUCCAUUCACAGCUGAUGACCCCACAGAUACUAUUCCUCGAACCUGCCAGCUAAAUACAGAUGUGCCACAAGUCACACAACUGCUUAACAUGACUAAACUUCACCAGCCAGAAAUAAGAUUUGGAGGUCGUCCCUUAACUUCAUCAGAAUCAGUAGACCAGUUAAUUAACAGAGGACAAGGCAGUACACACAACAGUAAAAAUCAAGAUGUGUCUCACAUUGCAUUUGGAUCCAAAGUCCUUGGACCGCCUCCACCUUUUGGCAGAAGAGUCAACACCAGGGUAUCUGGAGAGAUAACAAAGUCCUUGGGUAGCCGAAGUAGCAGAUCAUGCCAACAACUGACAUUAGAAAAAGGAAGCGAGUCAAUGCGAGAUACCAAGAGAUCUGGACUGUGUCUUUCAUCGUUCUAUAAGGCUUUUGAUCAAGGAGACAAAGAAAAUAUUCACCAAACAAAUCAGAUUACAAGUCAAAAUGAUGACUGGAUAUUUCCUGAAAAUAGCAGUGACAGUUUUCAGAUUGAUUCCAAUGGACAGUCAGUAACUAGACACAAUACAUCCUGCAGUAAUUUAUCCCUGCCACCGAAUACUGAUGUUGAAAGUGAAGGCAAGCAAACAGGCGAACACCAAAUAAGCCAUAAAGAGAUUUUCACAUUUUCGUCGAGGCCUCGAUCAGCUCCUCAUGGGAAGUCCCUGAAUAUGUCACCAGAAGGCUGCAUGUCUCCUUUGGCUUUAAAUGAGGACAGUGAUGGGUUCUGUAGAGGAGCCCAAAUGGAAGAUGAUUUUUAUGGAAGUGACAGCAAUGAAGAGGAUGACCCCAGUGAAUUCAUCCAAAGUGCUUCAAAUCUCAGGACCAGCCACAGUACAUCAGGGUCAUCUGAUUCUGCAGUUUUUAAAGUGAUCCCAUUAAAGGUGAUGUCAGGAAGUCCUGAGCACUGGAAGUAUAAAGAAUAUAGCAAACAUAGCCACCUGGAAACACUAUCAUCAGCCUCACAAGAUUCAGUUGUGAAAAAAGUAGAUCCUGAUAAUAUUCCAAGAAGCUGGAUGCCUACCCCCUGUCUUUCUCCAACUGGAAGUAAACCUGAAUUCUCUAAGGAAAGCCCAAGCACCUCUGGAAAAACAAAGGAUACAUCACUGAGUCAAUUAAGAACAUCAAUAAGUAAAAAGUCCCUCAAGGAAAUCUUGAGAGAGAAUUCAAGUCUGAAAGCUGAGACUACUGAGUAUGACUGGAGGAACUACCAGCCAAGCAGAUUGAGUGCAUCUGAACUACAGAUGUUGGCUAGUAUGAAGAGACAACAAAACGAAGAGUUAGAGGAUAAUGGGAUCUCACAUGGACUGAGUGCAUCUCAGAUUGACAGCUGCAAUGUCAGCAUCUGUACAAGCAGUGAUGACACAACAACCUGGAACUCUUGUCUCCCACCACCUGUCAAUCAAGGUCAUCACUAUCAAAAAGAAAUGAACCCACUUUCUCAUUCCAAUCCAAGAGACUGGUUAAAUGUGUUCAGCCCCCCCAUAAUUCUUCCAAGCCAAGAGCUAGCAAAGCAUAUUGAAUCUUCAGCAAGUCUAAAUAUUCCAGGUGAAGAUGACUUCAGUGCUGAGGAGGAUGAGGAAGUUCUGACUCUUUUGUAUGAUCCAUGUCUAAACUGUUACUUUGAUCCGGAAACUGGAAAAUACUAUGAAUUGGCUUAGCUAGUUCCUGGUUCAGAGGGUAUUGCCCUCCAUCAGAACAGAAUUAACAUCUAUUUCUCUGUAAAGUAUUAACCAGAAUGGAACAUUUUAUUGCACAAUUUAAAAGUUAAAUCUGUAAGUCAUUUUGCAAGCAAAUGGAUAUAUUUUACAAAUAAUGUAACAUCUUAUUUUUGUAGUUUUGUAUUGUUAUAAUACAGUAGAACAUCAUAGCACACAAGCUCUCGUGGCUUUGACAGUUGCUUGUGAGACUUGUUUGUUUUAUAUUAAAUACUGAAAGAUUCUGUGUGUGAACAAAUUAGGUGGAAUCAAAAGGUUUUUCAGUGUUGAUAUGUAAAUUAUGGCUUCAUACAAAGAAAAUGUGUUUUUUCAUUACUGGUUUAUCAGAUGUUUGUUUAACUGGAUUCCAUGAUACCUUAACUUUGUACUCCAAGAAAUGGCGUGUGAUGUUCAAAGGCACAUGCUCCGUGGGCUCUCUCUCCUUAUUCAGCAGAAAGAACAUCAUCUUCCUUCCUCUCCAGGAAAGUCUCUGGACUGAUGAAAUGACGUUAUAGUAACUGCUUCUGAGAAAUCUUAUCCACUUAUAAUCUUUGUAAGGUUACUGUAAUACACAGGAUUCCUGCUAGCAGAUUUAAAGCCCCUUCAUUUCAUAUUUUUGGGUUGUAUGAAUAUUUCUUGGGUUUUGUCACAAUCCCCUCUAUCGACUGUUUGGCACAGAGGUACAGAAUCCAAACGCUAGAGUGGUAGAGUUCAUACAGUACAAUGCUGUUCAAAGCUGACCCAGCACAUGCAUGGUCAAGCUGUGACUCCAAACCACAAGAGAGAUUUGAUAUCUAACUGGAAAACUCCCUG